UACGUAUUGGGGAGACGUGAUGACGCCGUGGGAACGUUGCGCGGAAACCGAGGGAACGUGAACCGCGGCGGCGGCGCGCGUCUUGUUUGGGUGGAGGGAAGAUGGAGGACGCCGCGCGGCAGCAGCAGCCUUCGGAGAGACGGAGAAGGAUGAAAAGGCUCGAGGCAGGAGACCGGAACAAAACCCGGAACAAAACCCGGAACAAAACCCGAGGAAGGAAAACCAGAAUCAACAUCGGAGCUGCAGUCACGCUGUGGAGGCAGGUGAAGCAGGAGCAGCACAUCCCAACGGACCCGGAGAUGGCCGCCUACUUACUGGACAGCUAUCUGGGGCCUACACUUCCUGAGCUGUCCACCAAGCAAAGCGACUCUUCCUCCUCCGAGACACUAAGGAUACUGACAGGAUUUUCUCAUCGGGAUCGAAAUGCGGUGCUACCCGGGUCUGCUCCUACCCCUCACCCCCCGGCUGCCUGGGAGCCCUCCAUGCAUGAGACGGAUGACGGAGAAGAUGCUGCUGAUGCGAGCCAGUCAACACAAGAGAGCUGGACAGUGAGGACCAAUAACAAGGAAAGCAAGAGCGUCCAGGCGUCCCCGGACCUGCUCUGCGCCUCAACAAGCGUGGACGAUGGACCGUACCUGGUGGAUUUGGACAGCUCCUCUCAGCACGUUGUUGAUGAAGGGUGCAUCAUCAAGAUGUUGAGGACAUGCCUCAAAUGCAACAAACAGUGUACAAUUAGAAAGUGUGUCAGAGGCCUCCACCUGAUUGUGUACCAGAGCUGCUACUUCUGUCACUGCCACUUCAAAUGGUCGAGCCAGCCCGACAGCGACGUCCUUAUCUACGGAAAAUAUGCAUCGCUCCAGUAUCACCACAUCCGUGUCGAGUGUGACCGUACCGCUGUAUCUCGGCAUCCGCCAAAACUGAAGUGACCGUUAACGCCGAAAGAGGAUCAACCAUUCCUGUGACACACACCGGUCUUUCCUUUUCACUGGGAGUGAUUCUGCAACGGCUGACUCGUCACAUAAGCAGACAGUCCAAAGAGGGCUGUGUGGUCAAGAUGAUAGGCAGCCAAACUGAAAACCACAUCAGGGUCGCACAACAUGGGCAUGAUAAGCAACGUGUGAGCGAGUUAGCCCUUUCAAAAAUCUUCCAUACUGUAAGAUUUGACUUGCUGCAGCCGGAAUCAUGAGACUGGUCUGGCCAGUGAGGCUUUACUACGGUCAGGGUCGCAGGAUGCUGAAGCCUAUUCCAGCAGUCAUUGGCCAGCAGGUGGGGAGACACUGCACAGGCCGCCAGUCCAUCACAGGGCCGACACAUUCACACCUAGGCACAGUUUAGUAGGGUGAUUCACCUGACCUACAUGUCUUGGGACUGUGGGAGGAAAACCACGCAGACACGGGGAGAACAUGCAAACUCCACACAGGAUGACCCGGGAUGACCCCCCUGAGGUUGGACAACCCCGGGGUUCAAACCCAGGAUCUUCUUGCUGUGAGGCGACUGCGCUAAACACUGCGCCAUCGUGCUGCCCACCAACAAAUAAUUUCAAAAAUGUUCAGAGGUCCAAGGGCAAGUCUGCCGGAAAUUUGUCAACUUGUGUGAGCAUUAUCAGCUACAGAUGACCAGGGCCAAAUCAGUUCAGCCAGGGGUGGAGCAGAAGCCCCUCCAAGGUGGGUCGUUCUUCAGGACUCUUUGACAGACACUUCCCCAGCAGAUCCUCUCGAUAUUGGGACAUCAUAUUCCUAGAGACGGUUCGAACACCUGUGACACAAUGGAAACAGAAAAACUACAACUGGGAGUUAUUAAAAGACUUUCC